AUGCACGAGUCUAAUGGAUCCGAAAAAAAAUUCACCAGGGACUGCGAUGAGCUCUACCUCCUGGGGCACAGGAAGAGCGGGGUCUACGUGAUCCAGCCCACGGGCUCCCCUUACCUGGUGGUCCAGUGCUACAUGUACGACUGCGGGGGCUGGACCGUCAUCCAGCGGAACAGCUUCGACACCUACAUCAGCUGGCACGAGACGUGGACGGCUUACGAAUACGGCUUCGGGAACAUCGUGUUGGAUCAUUAUCUCGGCAAUCACUAUAUCAAACUGUUAACUGCGCAAAAGUGGUACAAAGUCCGGUUCCUCCUGGUGGAUUCCGAGAACCGGACCAGACGCGCCGACUACGACAGCUUCUACCUGACCAACGCCACAGACAAGUACCAGCUGAAAUUAGGGACCUACGAGGGAGACGCCGGCGACUCGCUGUCAUCCGGGAACCACAAAAACCUGCAUGACAAUAUGAGGUUCUCGACUUAUGACAACGACAACGAUCGGCUGCACAACACAAACUGCGCCAAUCAACACGGCGGCGGCUGGUGGUUCGAUUCUUGCUACGACGCUCACCUCAACAAUAAGGGGCUUCUGCACUGGAAAACGCUGUGUGACCAUAACUGCAGACGCUCGGUCAUCCUGAUAAAACCCGUCCAUAUGCAUUGUAACCGGGUGUAGUGAAGGCGCCGGCCCGGCUCAGCUACAUACAACAAUCAAUCAUCUACAUCAUUUGUAAUUCUGAUUAAAAUUCUCAUCACAGAAACCUCCG